AUGUGGGAUGGAGAUAUGCGGGUAACCUGGGAACCAGGCGCAGGGCUGGGUGAGCCGGCGGUGGCUUGGCCGCAGCGCGCCAGUGGCUGUGCCCUCGCCGAUUCAGGCGCUUGCUUUGCCCCAAACCUGCUAGUUUCACCGAGCCCUGCACUCCUACCCGUAAGGUGGGUCGCGUGUGCCUUUCGGCAGAAGUUCGCCGUGGCCCGGCUGCUGAGGCCGAUGGUCGUCAAGUUUGCUUGUAGCGUCGUGGAUGUGCGCGACGGCCUGCCGGACCCGAAGGAUCCUGCACCUCUGAAGGUAGUUGCCCUGCCCGACGACUUCAUCACAAGGGAGGAGCCGGCGCUUGAUGACGGAAGCCGUCGACAAGAGGCAGCCAAAGUCUCUGCAUCCUAUGCAGAGGCUUUGGGCUUGGCUGUGCUCGACGCUGCUGCCGCGCGGCGCUGGGGCGUAACCAAGGUGUUGUUGCAAGAGUUGCAGCGAGCGCCAGAGGUGUUGCGAAGGCGUGCUCUCAUGAAGGCAGAUGUCACGUGCAAGACGGCUUUGCGAAUGUGCGUUGACGCGCUAUCCAAGGACAAGCCGCCCUUGCUUCAGGCACUUGAAGGCAGCACCUUGAGGGUCAUUCUUGGCAAGACCAGGCAGUACUGGUGGAGCCUGCACAUCAAGACAGUUUGCAUCAACACUUUCUGGUUCAGCGGGCAGAUCUCGAUUGGCGUACCCAGGUCAAGAGGCUUUCAUGCUCCGAGCGACGUGCUGUCCAGGACACCCAUGGCCUCCUGGACAGAGCCGCCAUGGACCGGAUGCAUCUGGAGCAAGCCACAGGAGUGCGAUGGAAAGCUCGAAGUGGAUCCGCUUUCAACUUUUCCAGGCACCGAGGGGCGCGCUCGGCUCGUGGUCGAUGGGGGCCACGACGCGUCCCUGACGCUGCGCUUGGUUGCGCCUGGCGAGGUUGCAGCGUUCGGUCACAGUCAACUUCGCAAUCCGCUUUCGUUUGCCUUGAUCGCGGCUGCUGGCAUCAUUGCCGGGAAAGUUGCCUCCGGUGCUUGUGACCCUGCCGCGUGCGCGCGCUUCGCAGCAGAGAUGGAGGAAAGCGGCCCGAGGAUGGCAGCAAAGCUGACUCUCGACCUGGGCGCAGAUCCCCGUGCCUUGGCUGAUGACGGGCUCUCGCCCUACACAGCGGCAAUCCUCAAAGAGGAUCCGUGUGGGAUGCUCGGUGGCCUUGAUGCCGGACUACGGCUAAGGAUCUUGAGGGGCGACAAGACAGCUUGGGCCGAGGUCGCACGUUCCGCGGAAGGCAAAGGCCUGCCAGAUAUCGCCGCCGGAGCACUAUCACGAGGUCUUCCCAUACCAGAGAGCAUGGCAGAGGAGCUACUGGGCUACUGCUUCGAAGCAGACUUGCCCCUCCUCGCCUUGCGAGUUCUGGCGCGAAUCGACGGGAAGUGCUUUCUCAUGGCAGCGCUUCAGCGAGCCGGGUCUCUCGCCUGGCGGCGAGUUGCCGAGAGGAUAGUGCAGCAGGCCCGGCCUGGGCUGAAGCCUUACUGGCUGAGCCCGGAGUCCUUGAGGUGCGCGAUUGUUCAGAUUCAAGCUGGAUACAACCAGUACAGGCUUCUACUGGACUCCUUCAUGCAUUACCUAGGGGCAUCUGAGGCAGAGGAGUUCCUCGCAGAUCCCUGCGUCCUUCCACGCGGUCGUGGGGGUGUGGAAUGCCCCAUUUGCUUGGAGCCGCUUUGCAGGUCUACACCCGCAGCCUUUGUUGAUUCAGUUGACGCUGCAGUAUGCCUUCACCUUCUGUGCAGCAACUGUGCGCGGGGAUACGCGUCCUCUACCAACACGCAGGGGGAAGCCUUGAGGUGCCCCGAAUGUAGGCGGCACGCCACAACCAUGAAGCAGCUGCCCUCGCUUAGCGAGGACCCGCUGCGUUGGUUCGAAUUCUUGGCGGGGACUUCUGACACAGUCAGUGUCAACGGCAAAGUUGCCAAAUCAAUGUUGCUUCGAACGAUUUCUUCCAUUCUUCCCGUCGAGGCAGAUGCCAUUGAGGCGGGCAGCAUGGGCGGAGAGCUAAGCCAGGAGGUAAGCGCAUCCGACUUCCUGACCCAUGAGCUUUUUGUCUGGGUUUGGCGGAACGUGCAGGAGCACCUCCGAUGCAUGAAGCUUGGGCCGCCCCCUGACCUUGAAGAGCGAAGGGCAUGGUUCAAGUAUUGGAAUUUAUCAGAGAGCGGCAGACUUUCGCGAGCCGAGGUGCUGCGAGCGAUUCUCCGCUCUUUUCGGGUGAGCUCCAUGGAAAGGCGCGCGAUCGCACGGCAAUCCUAA